GCGAUGAGGAGCAGAGCAGCCAGUCUUCCGAGCCGCUGAAGCUUUCGCCGCCGAUCGCCCGCGGCCGACCCGAGGUGCGGGAGCCGGUGCGGCCCGGGAACGGGGACUUGGGGCAGGGGAAGGACCAAGGGACUCCCCUACGGCCCCAGCCGCUGCGCCGGGGACUCCAGAAGGUGAUCAUUCUGCUCUUCCGUUCCCUUCCCUCCCCCCUACCUAACUUUUUGUCUCAGCUCGUCGGCCUCCAGGUCUCCUCUCCGUAUACCCACCCGCGACCCUGCCAUCCGCCCGGGGCAUGGGCCCCCCGACAAGGCUCCAGGAGGCGCCGCGGCCUCGCAAGACGUGAGAGGCCCGCUUGGGUCGAUUCCGAGGUUCCGAAGAGCAGCGGAGAGAGCUCCUAGCCAGCGCCCGCGCGCUCGGCCGGGGCGGCAGUGAGCGCUGCGUCCCGCGGGGCAGCACGUCCCGGAGCGCCGGAGCCGCGGCUGAGGCGAGUACCUGGCCGGAGGCGCGCGGUGGAGCAGGCUGUCAUGCCCUAUUGAUCCCCCCGCCCCCCGCCAAGUAUGUUUGGGCUGGACCAAUUCGAGCCCCAGAUCAACAGCCGGCACGCUGGUCAGGGCGAGGGGAACUUUAACGAAGCCGGACUGAGCAUGAACGCCCACUUUAAGGCUCCUGCCUUCCACGCCGGGCCGCCUACUGGCCCCGUGGACCCUGCAAUAAGCGCUCUGGGCGAACCCCCGAUCUUGGGCUUGAACAUGGAACCCUACGGCUUCCAUGCGCGCGGCCACUCCGAGCUGCACGCAGGGGGGCUGCAGGCGCAGCCUGUGCAUGGCUUCUUCGGCGGUCAACAGCCUCACCACAGCCAUCCUGGAGGCCAUCACCCGCACCAGCAUCACCCCCACUUUGGGGGCAACUUCGGUGGUCCGGAUCCAGGUGCCUCAUGUCUGCACGGGGGCCGGCUGCUUGGCUACGGGGGUGCAGCGGGCGGCCUGGGCAGCCAGCCUCCCUUCGCAGAGAGUUAUGAGCACAUGGCGGAGAGCCAGGGGCCGGAGGGCUUCGGCCCGCAGCGGCCAGGAAACCUCCCGGACUUCCAUAGUUCGGGCACCUCGGGCCACGCCGUGCCUGCCCCGUGCCUGCCGCUGGACCAGAGCCCUAACCGAGCUGCCUCUUUUCACGGCCUGUCCGCCUCUAGCGGCUCGGAUUCUCACAGCCUGGAGCCCCGGAGGGUGACGAACCAAGGAGCCGUAGAUUCCCUGGAAUACAAUUACCCGAGCGAGCCGCCCUCAGGACAUUUUGACAUGUUUUCACCCUCUGACUCUGAAGGGCAGCUGCCACAUUAUGCUGCGGGUCGCCAGGUUCCCGGGGGCGCUUUCCCGGGUGCUUCUGCCAUGCCCAGAGCCUCAGGCAUGGUGGGUUUGUCCAAAAUGCACGGCCAGCCACCGCAGCCACCACCACCACAGCAGCAACCGCAGCACGGAGUGUUCUUCGAGAGGUUUGGCGGGGCCCGAAAGAUGCCUGUGGGUCUGGAGCCUGCAGUGGGCUCCAGGCACCCGCUGAUGCAGCCUCCCCAGCAGGCCCCACCACCCCCGCAGCAGCCGCCCCCGCAACAGCAGCCGCCGCCACCCGGACUUCUGGUCCGACAGAAUUCUUGCCCUCCUGCGCUCCCGCGGCCCCAGCAGGGUGAGGCUGGCACGCCCAGUGGCGGCCUGCAGGACGGGGGCCCCAUGCUGCCCAGCCAACACGCGCAGUUCGAGUAUCCCAUCCAUCGGCUAGAGAACCGCAGCAUGCACCCAUAUUCUGAGCCCGUCUUCAGCAUGCAGCAUCCCCCUCCUCAGCAGGCGCCCAACCAGAGGCUGCAGCAUUUCGAUGCGCCCCCCUACAUGAACGUGGCCAAGAGACCGCGUUUUGACUUUCCGGGCAGCGCAGGCGUGGACCGCUGCGCCUCGUGGAAUGGCAGCAUGCAUAACGGUACCCUAGACAACCAACUCUCUCCCUCUGCCUACCCAGGCCUCCCAGGCGAGUUCACACCGCCUGUGCCGGACAGCUUUUCCUCGGGACCACCCUUGCAGCACCCGGGGCCGGACCACCAGUCCCUGCAGCAGCAGCAGCAGCAGCAACAGCAGCAGCAGCAACAACAACAACAGCAGCAGCAACAGCAGCAGCAGCAGCAACAGCAACGCCAGAAUGCGGCCCUCAUGAUUAAACAGAUGGCGUCCCGGAACCAGCAGCAGCGGUUGCGACAGCCCAACCUGGCCCAGCUAGGCCAUCCUGGGGACGUGGGCCAGGGCGGCCUGGUCCACGGAGGUUCCGUGGGCGGCUUGGCCCAGACGAACUUUGAGCGCGAAGGGGGCAGCGCAGGUGCCGGACGCCUGAGUGGCUUUGAGCAGCAGGCACCCCACCUGGCGCAGGAGAGCGCGUGGUUCCCGGGUCCACACCCUCCCGGCGACCUGCUGCCCCGGAGGAUGGGCAGCGCAGGGUUACCGACUGACUGCGGCCCGCACGACCCGGCCCUGGCGCCUCCCCCUGCUCCGGGUGGUUCAGGGGUGCUAUUCCGAGGCUCUCUGCAGGAGCCUCUGAGGAUGCCUGGAGAAGGCCACGUGCCCGCUCUGGCCUCGCCCGGGCUGCAGUUUGGGGGCAGCUUAGCUGGCCUAGGUCAGUUGCAGUCGCCCGGGGCCGGUGUGGGACUGCCAAACGCUCCCUCGGAGCGACGGCCUCCGCCUCCGGACUUCCCCGCGCCAGCUCUCGGGGGCCAGCCCGGCUUUCCAUUCGGUUCAGGCAGCCGGCAGGCCACUCCUCACAGCGCUCCAGGCGUGAAUUCGCCCCCGAGCGCGGGCGCGGGCAGCGGCAGCUCCGGUGCUGGAGGGGGCGCUUACCCGCCGCAGCCGGAUUUCCAACCCAGCCAGCGCAACUCGGCCAGUAAGCUGGGCGCACUGUCGUUGGGGUCUUUCAACAAGCCCAGCUCUAAGGACAACCUGUUCGGCCAGAGCUGCCUGGCUGCGCUCUCCACUGCUUGCCAGAACAUGAUCGCCAGCCUGGGUGCUCCUAACCUCAACGUGACUUUCAACAAGAAGAACCCACCCGAGGGGAAGAGGAAACUGAGCCAGAACGAGCCCGACAGCGCGGUUGCAGCCGGUAACCCGGGCUCGGAUUACUUCCCCGGAGGGACUACUCCUGGGGCCCCUGGACCCGGAGGCCCUUCCGGGACCAGUGGUGGUGGCUCCAAAGCUUCAGGACCGCCCAACCCUCCCAUCCAGGGGGACGGCACCAGUCUCUCCCCCAAUUACACCCUGGAAUCAACGUCGGGUAACGAUGGCAAACCUGUCCCUGGGGGCAGUGGCCGGGGAAGGGGACGCAGAAAACGGGAUAGUGGUCACGUGAGCCCCGGGACCUUCUUCGACAAAUAUUCCACAGCUCCAGACAGUGGGGGCGCACCAGGGGUAAGCCCGGGGCAGCAGCAGGCUCCUGGCUCAGCCGCUGGGGGAAGCUCAGUGAACGAGGCCCGAGGCCCCACACCCCAUGAGAAGGCCCUCACAUCCCCAUCGUGGGGCAAAGGAGCGGAGCUGCUCCUUGGGGACCAGCCGGACCUCAUGGCGUCCCUGGACAGCACAGCCAAAUCAGAUGGUAGUUCCCCGCACGUGGGUGAGUUCGCCUCUGACGAGGUGAGCACAAGUUAUGCGAACGAGGACGAAGUGUCCUCCAGUUCUGACAACACUACAGCCCUGGCCAAAGCCAGCCGAAGUCCCCUGGUGACCAGCUCACCCAAACUCCCCCCUCGAGGGGUGGGCGCUGGGGAACACACACCGAAGGCUUCCGCCCUGGGCCUGGGCAUCCUGUCUACCUCUACCUCGACCCCUGACAGCUAUGGUGGGGGCGUGGGCACCGGACAUCCCGGCACACCAGGCCUGGAGCAGGUCCGGACCCCAACGAGCAGCAGCGGUGCGCCGCCUCCUGAUGAGAUUCAUCCCCUGGAGAUCCUCCAAGCCCAGAUCCAGCUGCAGAGACAACAAUUUAGCAUCUCGGAGGACCAACCCCUGGGGCUCAAGGGCAGCAAAAAAGCCGAGUGUGCUGUAGGGGCCUCGGGAGCACAGAAUGGUGACAGCGAGUUGGGUAGCUGCUGCUCCGAAGCUGUCAAGAGCGCCAUGAGUACCAUCGACCUGGACUCCCUGAUGGCAGAACACAGCACUACCUGGUACAUGCCACCUGACAAGGCCCUGGUGGAUGGUGGAGACGAGGACAAGACGCUGGCGCCCUGGGAGAAGGCCAAGUCUCAGAACCCCAACAACAAAGAAGCCCAUGACCACCCCACCAACAAGGCCUCGGCCACCCAGCCCGGCAGCCACCUGCAGUGCCUGACUGUCCACUGCACAGAUGGUGAUCCCAAGGCCCGCACCUCCGUACCUACCUGGCGGUCUCUGCACUCCGACAUCUCCAACCGAUUCGGGACAUUUGUGGCCGCCCUGACUUGAGCCCACGGGGGCUGACCUAACCACCACGAGGGCCUCCGUGGCUGAGCAGACUCUUUACUUUUUUUUUUUUUUUUUGGUCUAGGUUGGUACUUGCUUAGUGGCACUCAGAAUGGAAAGGGUUCAUUGAAAGGGGCCGGGGAAGGUGAUCAAAGGAACCUCAAAAAAGUUACCUUAAAGAAACCGUGUGUGCCACACCGUGGCACACCUGUGUCAUCCUCCGCAGCAAACGCUGUGCUGGCAGGCGCAAGCCUUUUUCCUGCUAGAGAAAUCCCAUUUCCCAUACUCGGCGUGUAUUCUAGAAGGCUCUUGCUUUGUUUAAGCCCGGACAGGGGUACCUGGAACCCCUCCCCCCCUUUUAAAAAUCUUUUCCCUCCCUCUUUUUCUGUUUGUUCAUCCCUAUGGAGAUCUUGGAAGAUCGUGUCCUGGAGCAUUCGCCGGGUGGAUGCAGCAGGGUCAUGGCAGUGUCGACGGGUGACACGGAGCAGCUCGAGGCGCUGUCGGGCACAGGGGGUUUUCUCUGCUCCCUGGGAACUUGCAGAGAGAUCUUUUCCUCAUUGUCACUAAGCUUCCAUUCCCCUCUCUGGGAGCUGCCCCUCUGGUCCCUUCUGGGUUGUGAGCUGGAUCCUGGGGUCCUGAGCACUCUCUCCUUCACUGAAGCCACCAUUGCGCCCUCUGCCUUCUCUAUGGCCUUGUGAUCCUCAAAGGGCACAAGGGAGGGUCCGUCAGUUGUCCAAGGGACUUCCUGGCCCUGUUCUCCCAGAUGGCAGCAAGAGCGCCUCCAGCCUCCCAGCAUAGCACGCCCUAAGCGAUGCCAUCCCUGGGAGGAAGGGCUGAGGCAGCACAGAUCCUGGAGGGGAGGAGAAGUAAAUUGGUGAUGCCUGUCCCUGGGCCUCCCAGGUUCCCUUGGUGGGAUGUCUCCUGCCCUUCUGAUUUGGUUUCAUUCUGAUUUAAAAGCAGAGCCCUGCCCAGUGUGCCCCCCCCCCCGGAGAGAUGCUUCCGCCUAAGUGGAGGGGAGCAGAGAUUGCUGAGGUGAUGUGGACAACAGCUGUGUGGCCCACUGCUAUGCUGUGGGGCCCUGCAUCCCUGGGAGGGUCAGUCAGGCCAGAGCCAGCUUGUCUUUUGUUGUUAGUGUGUCUCCUCAAUUACUCCUUUCUGAGCCCCACCCUAACUUGACAGACACCCUUCCCUUUCUUAGCAAGAGGCCCGAAGGUUUGGCUCUCUCCAGGUACCGGUAUUGUUGGUGUCAAGGGACUCUCAACUGUGGGAGCCCCUUGCCAAAAGCUGGCUAUCUCCCUCAAGUCCUCUCCUUCUCCUCGUGGCUAAGGUCUGAGCCCCCAGGAUCUGCACUUGUCGCCUGGGCGUUGUGAUGGGGCUCAGAGGGCAGACACAGGUGGCAUGGGCUGGUGGAGCAGGAAGGGCCCUCUGUUCUGUGCCCACAGCAGUGAAGGGACGGCUUCCCCCCUCCAUGGGCCACAGGAGCAUCCUCCAGGCUCCAGUCUCAGAGUUGGUGACGUCUAGCUGUCUGAGAGUGCCAGCCUUUCAGUCCCCAAACAAGAAUGACAGUUUUCAGUGCUUAAGGCUGGGGAUGAGUGUGCUGUCAGCGAACUUCCCAGUAUCAACUCACCUGUAAGUCCAGUGUUCUCUGUUCUCACUCCCCACGACCCUGGGGUGGAGCAGCUUUUAAAAUAGCCUUAAGCAAAAGGACAUCAUCCUGUCAUUAAAUUUGGUUUAGCGGGAAGAAUAAAAGUAGAAGAAAACCACGCCCGAAGUGCAGGAGCCUGGGAACACUGUAAUCAGUCCGCAGCCGACUCCAGUAGAGAGAAGGAAAUCGCUAUUGCACAUGUAUAAUAUGAACCCUUAAUCCUGCGGUGCGGUGCGCGAGCCUGUAAGCUUUUUUUUGACUCUUAAAACCAUUUCUGAAUGCUUGGUUGGAAGACAGUGACUGACAAUAGCUCAUGAAACUGAGUGGUAUUUUUCUUUCUUUUUUAAAAAAAUAUGUAAAGUUGAGUCUUCCGUAUUCACGCAUACUGUAUAUACGUGUAUAUGUUUUGCUGAGCAGCUUAAAUAACAAUAAAUACAACGUUAACGGUG